AUGUGUUCGUCUUUCAAUUUCCCUCAUCCGACUACUACAGCCGAUGAUCUUGAGAACCUUUAUAAUAUGUAUGGGGUUGACCGUUCCGUCGUCCUCGACUUGGUCGGCACGCAUGAGACUCCCGAAGCCGUGAGAGAAGGCUACUACGGAGCCUAUCUUUCCUUCUUUCAUUCCUGCGGUCUUACCUUCCCGAUCCCGGAGCCAAUACUCGAGGUCCUGGCGGAUCUAGGGUUAUCGCUUACCCAGUUACUCCCGAAUUUUCUUAGACAUCUUGUCGCCUUCUUGGUUAAGGCUAGGGAGGAGGGUCUUGCUUUUGGUCUUAGCGAGUUUCGUCAGCUCGUUCUGGUGAAGCAGAAUAAGCAGAACCCUGGUACUUUCCUCGUGUCUCCGCGCCCAGGUCGCCACGUCAUCGAGGACAUCCCUUAUCGCGAUGAGAAGUGGCCCAAGCAAUUUUUUGUUUUCAAGAUGGAUCGAGCGUUUUCUUCUGGAAGCUCUUCAAUGUCAGAUGAGAUCCGCGAUCUGAUGAGAGUCCUUCGGAGAGGUCGUUCGAACUGGUCUACUUUUGAUCGAACUCGGAUUCAAACUGCCUUCGCCUUGCCGGCGGGGACCGGCAGAGCUCCUUUGGUCGAGGAGUCUGAAGACGAGGCCGAACACUCCCAGGAGGUCGUAGCGACUUCUUCUGUUCAGACCCUGUCUUCAGAUCGACUAACUAGACAUCUUGUGAGGAGAUCGUCGUUUCGAACUUCUGGGUUUGCAUCGAGGGGCCGAGCUUCCGGAAAAUCUCCCUUGAACUCGAUUCAUGAUUCCGACGACAAAGAUGUUUCAGGAGAGACUCGACUUCCUGUCUCGUUGAGUCCUGGCUCAGAAGACGAGACCGUGGCGGCGACUCGUAAGCGACGUCGGUCAUCGGAAGGUGUCUUGCCCGGUCCGUCUCGUCCUAUAUUUGUUUCUGAGGGAGAUGGUUCUUCGUUUGCGGCCCAAAGCGACUUAAUUUCCCUCGCUGGUCACAUGAGGUCUGCGGGUUGUCGUCUCCCAUCUCUCGCUUCCUCAGUCGAGAGGGAAGCCUACGCCAAGGUUUCUGUGGAGAGCUCUAAGGUGAUGGAAGCUUUUAAUGAGUAUGUCGUGACGAUGGAGGAUCAUGUCGUGGCUUCUCGGAACGACAAGGAAAUCGAGAGUAUUGGUUUUGAGAUCAAGAGGCUUUCGAAAGGGCUCGAAGCCACCAAGCGAGAAGGGAAGAAGGAUGCCGAAAAGAUCGAAGCUUUGACUGAAGACCGGAGGAGAGUUCAUCUGGAGAACAAGACUCUCACGUCCCAGAUGGUUGCUCAAAGGGCAAGAAUUGCGGCGCUCGAGGUCGAGAGAGAUCAGGACAUUCGUCGCGCUUCUCGUAUUGCUCGUCGCGAUAUCGCGGCAAAGUAUCAGGAAGUUCUUGAGUUUUUGAAUUAUAGGUGGGCGAGCAAGAAGAAAGAAGUGUCUGCUGAGAUCCGGCUACAAGAAGUGACCGCCAACAUCAAUCUCCUGAACGAGCUUAAGGAUGGGGGCCUGACUGUGGAUGCGGAGCUUGCACAAUUAAAGGGAAUGGAAGGAGACUGCGAGGAUCUUGUCGCCCUAGCCACCAUGCCGGAUUGGUCGAUCUCCAAGCUCGAUUUUCCCCAGGUCUCAGAUGAUUCGGUGGAUCAAGUCGGGGGGUCGUCUGUCCCCGAUGAUUCUGUUUCUAGUUAG